CCUUAAAUCACGUGUUGGCAAUUAUCGUUAUCAACAGAUGUCCAGAUAUAGAUUCCUGGUGGGGUGGACAGGGAUGGACGUCAUUAUUGAUUGACUUGCCUCCCCAACAGUCCAGCCACGAAUAGAGAUUUCACCAUUUAAGCCGUAGACAGUAAGACAAACUCUUCUCUGAAGUCUCUAGAAGUACAAAAAGUAUUCCUGAUACCUAUGAAUAGCGUGAGAGUAGGAAAUCUCAAGUAUUUUGUAAAUAUCUUGACUUAGACGCCCUGCUGCAGUCACUGUGUAGCGCGAGUACUUGAGUAGGUUUCCGUGGACACCAGCACCACACCCUUGGACGCGCCGCAGUCGAAUGUCCAGGUUGUUACUGUCACCCCUCUCUCCAGAUUCAGAACCUACACAGUCACUUCUCUCGAAAGAAAAUCUCUUUCUAGGCGGAUUCAAUCUCAAUAAUCUUCGUUUUCAACCUCUAAUACUACAAUCGUGAGCAUGGAGAAAGUCGACCAAGCUUCCGUGAACUCAAUCAUGAGUGCACAACCUGCCGGGCCUCCUGAUGGGACGGGAGUUAUCAAACUCGACCCAUGGCUCUCCCCAUUCAAAGAGGCCUUGAAACAGCGCUUCAGCAAAGCUCAAGACUGGAUCUCGGCCAUCAACGAGUCCGAAGGAGGUCUCGAACAGUUCAGCAGAGGAUUUGAGAAGUUUGGAUUCAAUGUCGACGCAAACAACAACAUAGUAUACAGGGAAUGGGCCCCCAAUGCAACGGAGGCAUUCCUUAUUGGUGAUUUUAAUGACUGGAACAGGGAAGAAAUGCCCAUGAAGAAAGAUGCAUACGGUGUCUGGGAGAUUACAGUUCCAGCCAAGGAUGGGAAGCCUGCGAUUCCGCAUAACUCGAAGGUCAAGAUCUCACUUGUCCUUCCCUCUGGUGAGAAGGUUGAUCGAAUUCCGGCAUGGAUCAAAUACGUCACUCAAGACCUUUCGAUAUCGCCUGUUUACGAAGCCCGAUUCUGGAACCCCCCUGAGUCCGAGCGAUACGUUUUCAAGCACCCGAGACCGAAGAAGCCACAAAGUGUGAGAGUGUAUGAGGCACAUGUUGGAAUAUCCUCUCCAGAAUUGAGAGUGUCGACCUACAAGGAGUUCACGAAGAACAUGCUGCCCAGGAUCAAGCAUCUGGGAUACAAUGUCAUCCAACUGAUGGCAAUCAUGGAGCAUGCUUACUACGCCAGCUUCGGAUACCAAGUCAACAGCUUCUUCGCAGCUAGCAGCAGAUAUGGUACCCCCGAGGAUCUCAAGGAGCUUAUUGAUACCGCACACGGAUUGGGGAUCGUCGUUCUACUCGAUGUCGUUCACAGCCACGCAUCCAAGAAUGUUCUCGACGGCCUGAACGAGCUUGAUGGCUCUGAUCACCUAUACUUCCACAGUGGCGCAAAGGGCAGACACGAGCUGUGGGACAGCAGGCUGUUCAACUAUGCCAGCCAUGAAGUUUUGCGCUUCCUCCUCAGUAACCUUCGCUUCUGGAUGGACGAAUAUAACUUCGAUGGGUUCCGAUUUGACGGUGUUACCAGCAUGAUCUAUAGUCAUCACGGUAUUGGAACGGGAUUCUCUGGUGGUUACCACGAGUACUUCGGACCAGGUGUAGAUGAGGAUGGUCUUGUUUAUCUCAUGAUUGCCAACGAGAUGUUGCAUAACCUGUACCCGGAGUGCAUAACAAUCGCAGAAGAUGUGUCUGGCAUGCCCGCGCUUUGUCUUUCACUAUCUCUAGGUGGCAUUGGGUUCGACUAUCGACUGGCGAUGGCAAUUCCAGAUAUGUGGAUCAAGAUUCUCAAAGAAAAGAAGGAUAUCGAUUGGGACAUGGCGAAUAUUUGCUUCACUUUGACCAACCGUCGACAUGGAGAGAAGACAAUCGCAUAUGCCGAGAGUCACGACCAAGCACUGGUGGGAGAUAAAUCCCUCAUGAUGCAUCUGUGUGAUGCGGAGCUUUAUACCAACAUGUCAACCUUGACUGAGCUGACUCCGACAAUCGAGCGUGGGAUGGCGUUGCACAAGAUGAUUCGCCUCAUAACACACAGUUUGGGCGGCGAGGGCUACUUGAACUUCGAGGGGAAUGAGUUUGGCCAUCCAGAGUGGCUCGACUUCCCACGAGAAGGAAACGACAACAGCUUCUGGUAUGCCAGGCGUCAACUCAAUCUCACGGAAGACAAGCUCCUCAGGUAUGGAUUCUUAAACGAGUUCGACGCCAGGAUGCAGCACACCGAGGAGAAGUACGGAUGGCUUCAUUCCGAGCAAGCAUACAUCAGUCUGAAGAACGAAGAUGACAAGGUCAUCGUCUUCGAGAGGGCUGGCCUGUUGUUCAUCUUUAACUUCCACCCAGAGAAGAGCUACGUAGAUUAUCGUGUCGGUGUCCAGAAGGCCGGUACCUACAAAGUAGUGUUGAACACCGACUCCACGGAUCUCGGUGGCUUCGAGAGGAUCGAUGCCGGCAGCCGUUUCUUUACCACGCCAUUCGAGUGGAAUGACCGCAAGAAUUUCACCCAGGUGUAUAUCCCAACACGAACUGCCAUUGUUCUCGCGCUGGAAGAGACACUUUAGGCCUCUAAUUUUAAAUUCGCUACCUUUCGUAUUGUAAUUAGAAUUUUUCAUUUUUUUGUGAGCGAGCUUGGAAAAAUAUUUAGUGUUAGCUACAACAUUCAGCGAUCUUAGUUCGUUCAUGGAAAAUUAUAAAAGGGAUAUCUGUCUCCUG